UCUCGUUGGCUCUGUCUAACAUGUCUGUGGGCUAGGCUCCAGUGAUGUUGAUUGCUUUCGCUGACUUACCGCUUGGUGUGUGGACCGGUUGGCACUGCGGCCGUGCCCCCUACCCCAGCCCCUCUUUGCCCGCCAACCUUUUACCCCACCACAUCGUUCGACGCUUGUUUUAUCCAAAACCUGACUGACAUUGGCUUGAUCCAGGUACAUACCUAGUCCGAGAAAUGCUCUCAAAGCAGUAUCGGCAAUAACAGACCCCGAUUCGAUACUAGUCAACCUGUCUUUCCUCGGCUCUUCGGAGUGGCUUGGAAGAUCCAUCUCAUACCUUCAGCGAGCUAACCACAAAUUUCAGCUUCACCACGAAACAUCGAUUCCCGUCUCCACUUCCAUCUCCAGCCAGCAAGCACCAUGGUGUAUCCUACACUACCAAAGAACCUUCUCAUCAUCUCGUUGAAGAUGUACUUCACUCCAGACCGAACGCUAGACUACUGCCGGGCCCUCCUCAACCCGAAAAACGACAUUAUACGAUCGGAGAAUCGCGCCAAGCUGCUGCUGGCUCUGGUUCCCGAUUUUCUCACCAUCUACCCAUGUGCGGAGAUCAUCAAGCAGUGGGAAGCGACAUUGCCCCAGCAAGACCAAAACCAGUCCUCUCUGUUCCUGCUCGGCGCUCAGGAUUGUUUCUGGGAGUCACAAGGUGCCUACACGGGGGAGGUCUCUCCGCUCGCUCUCCGUUUCAUGGGAGUAUCCAUCGUUGAGCUUGGACAUGCGGAGCGGCGCGAUCUCUUUGGUGAGACCGACGAGCAGACCGGCCGCAAGGCGGCGGCCGUGUGCGCCAACGGCAUGGUGCCCUUGGUCUGCAUCGGCGAAAUCACCGCCCCCGGGCCUGUGGCUUCUCAGGCCGUGGGCCUCGCGGUUCGAGAAUGUGAGACUCAGGUCCGGGCUGUGUUGAACGCCAUCCCCCCCGACGCGCCGGUCAUCUUUGCCUACGAGCCGGUGUGGGCAAUCGGGAAACCUGCGCCUGCUGGCGUGGACCAUAUUACCGCGGUGGUGGAGGGCAUCAAGGCGGCGAUCGGCACCAGGGGCGCGGCGAGUGGAGAGGUCCGCUUUCUAUAUGGGGGAAGUGCCGGCCCCGGGCUGUGGGGCGCGGGCGGUCUGGGGAAGGCCGUCGAUGGCAUGUUCCUGGGGAGGUUCGCCCACGAAAUCGAGGGUGUUCGCAGAGUUGUCCGCGAGGUUGAAGAGACGCUAGCUUGAGUCGUUGACUGAGCCCGAGACUUGCAGAGGUCACUGUUUCUCUCUUUCUAGUGCGUGCGUGCCUGACCCGGCAUGGUCCGAAUUGAACUACGAAAUAUGCGUCCG